GAACAGCUGGAACAAUGCAUCCAGGGGACGUAGCUGCAAGAUUGCUGCUUUUUCUGGCAGCAAAUGGGACCGCGGUCCUCGAUUGUUUCUGCAACCACGUUAACGGCGGAUACCAAAGCAACGGCCUGAACGGACUCAACUUCGCUGAAAUAACGAUAUGGCUGAACUACUGCCACUAUCCGAGAGCUUACUCGCUGUUGGAGACGUGCGAGAACCUCGACGCGCUGUUGGCCGUGGUGCCUGCGGUCGCAAGCCUGGUGCAGCCGCCCACAGACGUGGAGCAGUGCGCCGGCGCCCCGGCUGUGAUCCGGGGGCUCACGGGACAUACGCCCAGGGACGAGGCGUUCACCACGGAACACAGCUGCCUCGUCGCUGACGACUGCAUCGACUCCUGUUACGCGCAGGGGUACGUAGAUCGUUGGGUGUCACGACAACUAAUCGAACAUCUUGUACUCUUCUCCUCCUCCAAAUUUGUUCUGCGUGCCAUCACCCUAAAACAAGGCCCGUGGAGCAGAUGA